CACUCGACGGCGACGGUGACAUGACGGAGGUCUCUGUGCUCGCCUUCCUCUUGGCCAUCGUCUCCACUGUACUUGGCGACAACCCCUACGUCAAUGAGACCAACAAGGCGCUGGAGUGGCUGCUGCAGCAGAGACACAAGGACUGGGGGUGGGGGGUGUACGACACCCCUCAGGCUCUUCUGGCCCUACAACUGACAGACACCGGCAGUCCUCUAGAGCGGCAACUGUCAGCCAAACAGAUGGAGAUAGACCUAGUGCUGCAGUUGUGGCGGAACAGAGAGAGUCCUGCACUGACUCCCGCAUCCAUGGCACUCUACUCCAUGGCUCUCACCUCCAUAUGUCAGGACCCUCGCCAGUUCCAUGGUCACGACCUCAUAGGUUCAAUACUACAUCAUGAACCAGAAUCUGACAGAGAGUUCACAUUGUGUGCCCUGGCUGUGUGCAAUGCAGGAGCUCACAUUCGCAAGAAACCUCUCAGGCGAUUGCUAAACAUAGCAAAUUCUAAACACACUGUUGAUUCCCUUGCUGGGGUUGUUCUGGCUGUUCAAUGUAUCAUGAAGGUACACAAAAAUCGUAACAUGCAGCACUACCUAGAGAAGCCAACCCUUGCAUUGGCAAGAUUGCAAGAAGCGGACGGAGGAUUCGGGAGUCUACACGGAACAGCCUUUGCUUUACAAGCUCUGCAAGAAGAGAGUGAGUCGUGGAAUCGCAGUGCGGCUGUGGCUUGGCUUCUGAGCCAUCAGAAUCCUGAUGGAGCGUUCUUUGAUGUACCAACAACAGCCGAAGUUGUUUUGGCUCUUACCAGAAAAAGUCUUAUGUCAGUCAGUGAAGUGGACUGUGACAGUCCUUCACAAGAAGUAGAACCACUUGCCGCGGCCAUUAUUCCUCAUCUGAAAGUUAUUCACACUCCAAAGAAGGUGAAGCCGGCAGUGAGUACCAACACUGUGGUGCCGAUGACAACUAUAGAAGAGGACAAGAAAGACGGAGUGUCAGUCACUUACACCCUGUGGGUUGGCAGCAAUGUGACGGAAAACCACACAAUUAGUAUUGUCGUCCAAUACAAUUCUACAUUCUACCACGUUAUGCAGCUGGCUGCACAGAAAGACCCACAUUAUGCGUUCUCAGCCAAUGAAUGGCCCAAUGGCCACUACGUGCACACUCUAGCAGGGUUCAAGGAGCAGCCUAUGAGCUACCACUACUGGCUGCUCUACCGGUUGCCUAGUCUCCCAGACCUAAACAACCCACCAGGAAACCAACUAGUCGCCCCUACCGGGGUGGAUGAUCUGGUAGUACAGGACAAUGAGCAUUACCUAUUCUGGUACAAGAAACUGUAACAACCAGAACCACAAAAUGAACACAGCACAAGAUAACCAAUAACCAUCCUCCUGGGCGCUGCUACAUCGGGUUAGAAUAUCCUUCAAGCACAGAAAUAACAGAACAUUUCAUUUGACGUUUGAAAUGGCUUACACAUUCAUUUUAGGGCUUAUUUUUUUAUUAUAAGAUUCUUUAAUUUUCAUGUCCAGAUAAAUAUUUAGGUAUCUUUGAGACUUGACAUUUGACGAUUAGAAGUUCCAAAAAUAUAUUUCAUUAAUGUUGCUAAUUGCUAUGUCGGGUAAAUAUUUGGCAGUCUCGAGAAAAUCUCAAGGUAUGUUUCUAUUUAAACAAAUCCCACAUGAGUUAAUUUUAUUCAAAUGGAAAUCGUCUGGUGCGUAUCCCAGCAAGUUCAUAUACUAUCUCACGCUCUCGGGCUUGCUUUAGUGGAAACAUUAAUCUUAAAAGGACCUUGGGGUGUUCUCCACACAUCAAAUAUAAAUAUAAAAAAAGGUAUGAAAACAAACACAAGUGGAUUUGUGAAUCUUUCGCAAAUUUAGUUGGAAGACGAUUUGAUUGGGGCUAUCAGAGAAUGCUAGUUAUGGGUUCCCGUUAGACGUUUCAUAGCCAAACUCUAAAUGUUGAGUGUGAUCAUCUAUCUAACACCUUAUCUUCAAUGUUUAUGGUGAUAUUUGAAAAGAUUUAUGUUAUGGUUGUGUACUCAUUUAUCAUACCUAUUCUAGCAGUCUGAAUCCACAAAGUUUUGUAUUUCGGAAUUCACAAUUACAAGAAAUAGUUUUUUGUGAAAAAGUUUUGUAAAAUAGUUUAUAAUGUGACAAGAGUUUCGGAAUUUAUCUGUUGUCUUUUUGCCUUGCAUGUUUCAAAACCCCAUUGAGUCUGUUGUAGUUUUUUAAUGCUUCCAGUGAAAAUGAAUGGUAAUUUGUUUCGGUGUUCCAAAGUUAAAUAUUUAGAUUGAACUAGGAUUUCGGAACACACUAAAUGAUUAUACAUAUAUUGCUUAUUUUGUGUUAUAAGCUUGUUGAAGCAUUGAUAUGUCUGUAUAUAGACCAUAUAUUUAUGUGAAAAGUGAGACAUUGUUCCUUCAAUGCCAUGAAUGUUUAGAUUAUGCUUAUGUUACACUUUGUAAAAAUGUUUUGGUGGAAAACAAAGAAAUACAAUCUUCUAUAAUUACACUAGAUCACAACAGAAAUCUUGGGCAAUGGUUGUUUAUUAUUACGUUCUACAACAGUAUUAACACGUUCGCUGCUGAUGACUCCGAUCGGAGUCAUGUCGUACUGGCACAGCGUGCGUCGACUUCAGUCGGAGUAAUGGUGCAGUGUUAUACAAGUUGGUCUAUUGUGACCUCCGCAUUUAUCGGGGAUCAACUAAACUAUGUCACCAUGUUGAGCUGGUCCUAUACUUUAAUUUGGUGUAGGUUGGGUUUAGGUUGGUAGUAAAAUUUCCCGUAAGAUCCCGUCUGGCAACGCUUUUUGUCCCGUUUUCAGGGAUUUUCUCUCUUCGAGCCACAUUACAAAAACACUGGCUACGGAUCCAGGCAGUGCUGCUAUCUGUGAGUUUUUCAGUGAACUACGUCCACUCUCGGGGUUACACAGCACCAUCACCACCGCUGUUUUGCCACUGUCAAGACUGAAAUAUUUUAAUGCUAUUGCGUUUGCUGAUUCACUGGCGCGCCGAGGCUGCGUCGCAUUCCCGACUGUACUGCCAAAGGGAUUCUCACAACGAACGUGUUAAACAAUA